CCCCCACGGCGAUGCCGCCGGCGGCUCCUGGCGCGGGGCUCCGUUCCGCGCGGCGUUCGGCCAAAGCGCGCGUGUCCCGACGUGCCGCUCCCCGGGCUGCCGCUCUGCCGUCCGUAAACGUGGCCGCGUGCGCUCACGGGCGUUCUGGGAACACCGAGCGGCGGCUGACGCGAUCCGAAGGGAGCGGCCCUCGGCUCCUCGUAGCCGCGGGUCAGAACGGCGGUGCCGCGUUCGGCGCGGGAAUGGAAGGCGGGAGGAAGAAAUGGAGGUGAUGACUGAGAAGCAGGGAGAUGCUCGGUAUUUCUGGAACAACACCCCCGAGAAGGGCGAUUACGAGGCUGUCGAGGCCCUGAUUUCUAUGAGCUGCAACUGGAAGUCUGACCUGAAGAAACAUGCAGACGUGAGACCCAUCACGCCGGCCUCUGACGUGUCGGAGGAGAGUGAGGAGACCCUGCUUCCCGGAGCCGCAGACUUCAGCACCAUCCCCGCCUUUUGCCUGACCCCCCCGUACAGCCCAUCCGACCUGGAGUUGUCCCACGCCACCCCCACACCUCGCGGAGAGGCUGAUCCGCACGCGCCCAGAGCCCCGAAGGCCCAGGCGACCAGCGUCAUUCGCCACACGGCCGACGCUCAGCUCUGCAAUCGCAAAACCUGCCCGGUGAGAACGGCCAGCGUACUGAAAUACCAGGAUGGUGCUUCGUGGGACAGCGAUGGCAAACAGGACGGCAAAGCAGAGUGCUCGGCUGUGGCGCUGAGCGGAGCGAGUUACGAAAGCAGACGACUGCCAGCUGCAGAAAGAGAAACUGCGGAGCCGGCUGCCGGCCCUGAGCGCUCGGCAAAGCCUGCGGUCAGCAGGCAUCCGUCUGUCCCUGGGUCAGCGCAGCAGCCGGCACCGUUGGCAGCCCAGUGCCCUGUCCCGGGAAACGGAGCCCCCCCCGUGCCGGUGAUCUGCCAGAUGGUCCCGCUGCCCACCAGCAACUCCGUUGUGACUGCCGUGGUGCCCGGCGCUGCAGCCAGCCGGCCGCCUGCGCUCUGCCAGCCCAUGGUGCUCAUGGGCACGCAGGUCCCCAAGGGCGCCGUCAUGUUCGUCGUGCCCCAGCCAGUUGUGCCGAGCGCGAAGGCUCCGAUGCUCAGCCCAAACGGCACGAGGCUCUCUCCUAUUGCCCCCGCUCCUGGCUUCGCACCUUCUGCAGCCAAAGUCGCUCCGCCGGUUGAUUCUUCGAGAAUAAGAAGUCACGUUUGCAGCUACCCGGGGUGUGGGAAAACUUACUUCAAGAGCUCCCAUUUGAAGGCUCACGUCCGAACACACACAGGAGAGAAGCCCUUUAGCUGCAGCUGGAAGGGCUGCGAGAGGAGGUUUGCCCGCUCCGACGAGCUGUCCCGGCACCGCAGGACUCACACGGGGGAGAAGAAGUUCGCGUGCCCGAUGUGCGAGCGGCGGUUCAUGAGGAGCGACCACCUGACGAAGCACGCGCGGCGGCACCUCUCCGCCAAGAAGCUGCCCAACUGGCAGAUGGAGGUGAGCAAGCUGAACGACAUGGCCGUGCCCCCUCCGUCGGCGGCUGCGCAGUGAAGGGACUUGGUCGGAAGACGGCGGAUUAACUGUUGUCACUGGGGUAUGCCAGUGUAAAGAAAAAAAGGAAAAAAAAAAAAAGAAAAAAAGAAAAAAAAAAAAAGCUUUUGCUGCAGGUCUGCGGGUCUCCGGUGCCAGCUGCUGAUGGCAGCGCUGCAGGGAGGUGAGUGACACUACGUGGGGCUGAGAGUCGGGCCGGCUGGAAUGGCGGGUGUCUUUUGCACUGGUGAGGAGAGAGAGGGAAGGUUCUGGAGCAGAGCAGCACGCGUCGUGCAGGUUUUGAAUUGAGCAGAUUAUUCAUAUAUGCUAUAUAUAUAUAUAUAUAUAUGUGUACAUAUAUAUAUCAGGCAAGCAUCAGUCUUGCUGAAGGUUUGAGGCUGAUGCUUGAGACCAGCACAGAUGUUAACUGUUGGUUGUGAAUCUCCAGUACAACACAGAUUAGAUAGACAGCAGUGUGCAGGCACGGGCUUGAAAGCCCAGGGUGUACCUGCCGGAGGUAAUCCACAUUGCUUUUCCUACUUCUUGCUGGUGGGCUCGGUAGGUUCCCAGGCCCAGUGGUACAGGUGGUUCAGUGCCACGCUCCGGGGGCUGUGGGGCCUGUCCUGCAACUGGUGCCACGUGCCUCGGGGCCACCAGCUUUGUGCUGCUGCCCAGAACAGGGCUCGGUGGGUGCGGAGGGGCAGUGCCCUGUGGGCAGUGGGAGGCGGGGGGGGAAACGUUUGUGAAUUCUCAUCGGCUUUGUAAUAUUUUCCUGGCUUCUGUUGAAAGCUUUGUGACAAUUACAACUGGUUAUACUGAAGCAUCGUAUGGUGCUUCUGCUUUUGUGUUGCUUACAGUUUCCUUCAUACCCUCUCAAGAUUCCAUACUGCUGCAUUUUUCUUAAGCAGAUACAGUGUACUUUUUAACAAAAACAGUAAAGCUGUAAGCAGCGUGGGUUGAUUGAGAAAGAAGAACAAGAACCAUAGGCUUCUUGACCGUGUUAUUCUUAGAAAGACGGUUUAUACUACAAAUGAGAUACAGAUAUGUUAUGUAUUGUAUUAAAUUAGAAAGUUGUGAUUUGGAAAGUUAAACAAGGCAGUAAAGACACGGCUUAGAAUUAAAGCUGUAUAUUUUGUGAGAAAUAAUGCGUCAAUUUCACUAUAUUUUAUCAUAUUGCGUCGAGGACACCUAUCAGAAAGUGAACCAUUUGAAAAUAGUGUAUUAGAUACGCUCUUUUGUGACUACUUUAAAGAUUUGCACAUUUCUUAUGUUGUACUUUAUACUUUGUUUACAAUAAAAGCAAUUUUCUUUAA